AAGAGCGCGGAGGAUGGGAGGGGUUUCCGUUGAGCGCGCGGGUGACCUUGGCGUGUCCUUCUGAGGCAGCUAAGCGAGAGCCGAGGAAGGUUUGCCGAGAUGGGGUGGAAGGACGAGAAGGUUUUGGAAGGCCGCUCCGGCGACGCCGAGGUAGAGGAAGAAGCAGAGCUUGUGGAAGAGGAAGAAGCAGAGCCAUAUCUAAAUCUCGAAGAAUUUAAACAGAUUCUUAUUAGCAAUAAUGAAGUUCUUUUUGAAGGGUUAGAUAGAAUACACGAAGAGUUCAUUAAUAGUCUGGAUGAUAUAAUUAAUUCGAUGGCUAAAACUGAGAAGGAUGUAAAAGAAGUAAAAACAGAAGUAAAUCAACUUUCAAAACAAGUGGAUCAGCAUGAGCAACAAUUAUCAGAUCAUAAUAUAACUUUUGAUUUUCAUGAAAAGAGGCUGAUCCAAUUGAAAGACCAAAACAGACGUGCUAACAUUAGAAUUAAAAAUUUCCCUGAGAUGCAAGGAGAAGAUGUGAGGAAGAUAAUUCUGCGCUGGUUUAAAGAGUUGAUCCCAGAUUUUCUGAUUACAGAGAUGGAUGUGUACAGAGUCCAUAGAGUAGCUGGAAACAGAUUCAGAGCUACUCCAAGAGAUAUUCUGGUUAAAUUUGGCAAUUAUUACAAGAAGGAGCAGCUCAUGAAGAAAUUAAGACCAUUAGUAAUGCUGAAGUUUCAAGAUUCAUCAGUUCAAAUCUACAAUGAUCUCUGUCAGCAAACCAUCAACUGGAGACGCAGUGUCAAGCCAAUCAUAGCAAAGCUUAAGAGAGUGGGCGUGGCCUAUUCAUGGGGUUACCCGGUGUUUUUGAGAUUUAUGCGUGAUGGAAAACAACAGAGAGUAACCUCACUGGAGCAAGGGCUGGAGCUGCUGAGAAGUCUGGGAAUGGAUGAUGAUUCGACAUCCCAGCAAGCAGGAGGAGGAGGAGAAGGAUGUUCUGGUGCAAGUGGAAAAUAACUUUCAUUACUACUGAGAUAAUAAUAAUAAAAUAAUAUCUAAAAGUAGAGGGCUUGCUGUUUCGGGACUUUGGGCUUCAUCUCCCCCCCCUUAAGGUAUUUAGCCAUGGCCGGGGUGCUAGACCUACGGAGAUUUAGA